CUACAGUCCUACAUUAAUAAUAAAAACUCACUUUCACUGCACCUUGUGGUUUCUGUUACUGACAUAUUUUACUUUUGAUUAUAGUGUUUUAAUUAGACAUUACAGAUCUUACUCGCGCUCCCACUAUAUAUUAACACGUCUACACAGCAUGUGAGGAGCAACACGGCCUCGUUACUAACACAUCACUUCCGUUAUAAUAAACAACAGAAUUUACACUGCAAGCACGCAAAUACAGCAUAUUAUGACAAUAAACUUAAACUAAACCUUUUAAGCAGCUUGUAACAGUUUCCCCUGCCCCUUGCACACAGUGGAGCAUUUCAGAUAUAAAUAUAAGUUUGUCCUCGUGCAUCAGUUUGAUUUCUGCGGUGUUUAAAAUGCUCCCCUUAGAGGACUUGGAGGUUACACACUUUCUUCCUCAGUCACAUGACGAUUUUGCCUCCGUCUGUUGGUGACUGAGGUAAUGUUGGGAAUAAAAGGUAAUGCUGACAGAAAUUAAACUGAAGAAAGUCAUUGUCCGUGAAUCUGGGUGUUUGCUAAUGCUAGCGUGCGUAUGACGUCAUGCGCCGUUGUGGCUUAUACUUCCGGUUAGUAAAAAAAAAAAAAAACACUAAUGUUAUAUUUAAGAUGGAUAUUACCUUUCUAAAAUCCACACACUAGACGGUAGUGCAGAGUGCAUAGUGUAAGUGUAUAGUACUUCAUUUGGGACACAACUUUAGUAUUUACUCUCCGAAGUGUGUUUUCUGAACAGAAGUAACGUAAUGAGUAAAUCUCUCCCCCGUGCCGCCAUGGACCAACUAAUCUAUAAUGAGAUUCGUUGACAACGAUUUUCAUCAUCGAUUAUUAUCCAUUUUAUCGAUUAGUUGUUACAGCUCUAGUAUAAAGUGUGUGUGUGUGUGUGUGUGAGAGAGAGAGAGAGAGAGAGAGAGAGAGAGAGAGAGAAAAAAACUACAGCCCAGUAAGACCAAAGCCCACUGAACCAUCCUCAGUCUCCUUUCUCUCAAAAGCUCCACUGCAAAGCCAUUGGUUGUGGUACAAGAAAACCAAGGCUCUGAGAUUUUGGUUAGUAGUUGACCUCCUUUGGCUUGACACCAGCUUAUAGAUACCGUUGUAGGCCUGCCAUGGUAAGUACUUUUGUUGGACGAUAUUAUUGUCCCAGAAAUAAUUGCAAUAAACGAUAUAAUUUUAUGCCAUUUUAUGAAAAUAUCCUUUAAAUUUAGUCACUAUUUCAUGUCAUAGUUAUUCGUUUCCAUUUUAGUCAUGCAGUAAAAUGGACUAAAAUUAAUAUUAGUCAACAGCGUUUUAGUUGAUAAGAAAAUGCAAAAAAUUAACUAAAUUCUUACACAUUUUAUUUAUUAACAUGCAUCAACAUAAACAUGUGGAAACUGCCCUUGUGAAAAUCUGAGCUCCUGAAAUAACAUAACAAUGAGUACACUAUUGUAAUACAAUAUUGUGAAUUCUUUAUGCUUUAGUAAUUCAUUGUCUUUGUUUUAGAGCAUUGUUACAUGACUUACAAUUCUACCUAGCAUAUUACUUAAGUUCAAGUUCACUUGUGCAUUCACAUCAUUUUGUGCAGAAGCAAGUUGUAAUAUUAGGUUUAUGUUGUGUGUGUAUAUAUCUGAUUAAACUCGUGUAUAGGAUGUGCUUGGUUGAGUUAACUAAUAUAGUAUACUAGUAAAGUUUACUGGUGUUCAUUCACUGUUCAGCUUCAGCUCAAGCGGGUCAAUCCCUGACAUUAUUGACGAUGACAGGAUCAUUUCAAACACUAGACCUGUUCUUUCUAGAUUUUCUUAUUCAAAAAACUUUUAGUGCAUUGUUAUCAUCUUGUGUCAUUUUUUCAACAGUAUGUUUUAAUAAAAAUUGGUGCUAGUGCUUGCUACACUAAAUUCACAUCUUAAAUCUUAAAUUCACAUGCACACAGUUUUUGCAUUCGAAUGUGAAUUUUUAUCUUAAAUUCGACAAAAUAUUCAAGAUUGGAAUUUUAAUUUUUAAUCUGCCCUAGAGCAGAUGAAAGGACAGAAGCAGCCCGAUGGCUAAAAUGUUUGUGUGCCAAGAAUCUCCCUCUCGCUCUGAGAGCUGUCUGCAGAAGCCCACGCAGUGUGUUUUGGUUUUGAUUCAUGUCUCGUCUCCACUCAUGUGCUGUCAUUGGUUGUCUCCUCGUGUGACGUGUUUUCAGUUUAUCUUUGCGUAGUUUAUAUAUUUAAACCCUUGUGUUUCUGUGUUCAGUGCUAAGUAAUGUUCAGUCUUUUGCAACCUGACUUUGCAGAGCUUUUUGUUUCAUGCUAUAAUUCUACAAGUUAUUGAUGUAGUUUAGUUUUCUUGAUUGUGUAUUCUGGAUUAUCUGUGCUUUUUUCGCUGAUUAUCUGACCUGUGUCAGUGUUCUGUUUACUGAUUUUGAUUCAGUUUGGAUUUGUCUCCCUGCCUCUCAAAUGAAAUACUUAAAAUGCAUUUGCAUCGGUCUCUACUCGCCGAACAUGACGUGGUGACAUUCAUUCUUAUGUAAACAAACACGCAUGUAAACACAAUGGGCAUUAUUGAGGUCCACAAAAAUGAUCGCGGUCAUGUCUAUAUAACGAUAAGUCAAUAAAGUGAUUAUCGUGAAAGGCCUAUGCUGCUGUUUCUUUCAGCAUCAGCUGAGUUUGAGACAGCAUCUUUGUGUUGUUUGUCCAAGGUGUCAGUGCAGGUAUCAUGUAGGCCAUCCCAGAACACAUCCAAAUCCACCACUCCAGACGAAGCUCUGAGUGCUGCUUGCCCCAGGCUUGUCAAGUAAUAACUAAGUUCAUUGAAAUAUGGAAUGGCCUUGUGAGUUGACACAUUGUCAUCCAUAAAUGCAAUGUUACAAACACUGCAAAAAGGGUCAAACACCCAGAACUCCUUUUUAAAAAACAAACAAACAAACAAAAAAAACCUUAUGGCUUGUUGCCCAUCUUUCAUGUACUUGUAUGCCUGGCUGACUGUGUCAAAAUAAAUUUAAAAAGUAUGCAACUAAGCUGUGAUAUUGUUUGAUCUAUGAUGAUGAACUGGUGAAUUGUGUUUGUGUGUUGCUAAAGGAAGGCUAUGAUGGGUCAACAAGGAAUAACGUUAUUUAUAUUUUAUCUUUUAAAGGAAUUUGUAUUUGAUUUAGGCCUACCUCUCCCUUUUCACCUCUAUGAACUCCUUGUAGAGUCCAAAGUGCUGUGAGUGGUACUGUACUGCUGAAAACCAUGUGUUCCAGCGUGUCUCAACCAGAUUUGGAGCCAAGGUGGCCUUCUUUCCUGCUGGCAGCUUUUUUGUACCACAUUGGAUUUGCAGAUUGCAACAGAAGUCAGACUUGGGUACCUUUUUUAAAAAUCAUUAAAUCAUCAGGUCUUGAACAAUAGUCCUGCCAUUUCUGGCCCACACAUGAGCACGGGCUACCUUUUUGACUGCGCUGAGCGCCAUGCCUGACCGGGAUAGCGCGUACCUGGUAGGUGGUGGUGGAGGUGGCAGUGGAGGGGGUGCUGGCACAGGAGUAGGGGAGGAAGUGGGCCCUGGGUCUGGCUUGACUGGGGGUGCAGACGGCCGAGGGGGAGUUGGGGGAAGCUCAGCUGGUGGGAACAGUGGUUCUGGGGCCAUGGGAUGCAGUGGUGCCCUGGGAAAUGGCCACACCUGCAGUGGAGCAAGUGGCAGCUUUGGCUCUGGCUUGCUAUCAGAUGGCGUUUGCCGUGACUUCUUACGAAAUGUGUGUAAGCGUGGCAAGCGCUGUCGUUUCCGCCACCCAGACUUCAAUGAAGUUCCUGACCUUGGUGCACAGAAGAAUGAGUUUGUCUUCUGUCAUGACCACCAGAACAAAGAGUGUGUGCGUACCAACUGCCGCUUUGUGCAUGGCUCCAAGGAAGAUGAAGACUACUACAAAAAGACUGGUGAGCUGCCACUGUGGCUGCGGUGGAAAGUGGCAGCAGGUCUGGGCCUGUCACUUACUGACCUACCACAGAACCGUGGUGAGGCUCCCAUAUGCAGAGACUUCUUGAAAGGAGAAUGUCAGCGGGGCAACAAGUGCAAGUUUCGUCAUGUGCGGAAGGACCAUGAGCACGAAGCUUCACGGUUCAGUGCAGUGGGGAUGAUGGGUGUCUCAAGCGGGGUGGGUGGAAUAGUGAAUGCAAGUGGUGGAGGUGUAGCCUGUGGUGGGGUGUCAGGAUUGGUUGGACCUAAUGGAGGAAGUCUGAUGGGGAUAGGAAGCCCCAACAUCGGAGGGUGCAGAGAUCAGGGAUUGUGUGGGGGUGGAGGAGGAGGUUCCAUGGGAAGUUGUCUAUCCCUGGGGGCUGCUGGACAACGGCGCUAUGACAGGGGCCCAUGUUCAGUUUAUGAAUCACUGUUUGAGAAUGGUUUGUUUGAUCCUGGGCCACUGGAGAGCCCUGUUGACCACGCAGCUCUUCAGCUAAAGAGAAGACGAUUGGAAGGGCUGCGGUUGGCAGAUGGGACUGGGGGAGGCCACUAUGAUUUAGGGGUACAGGCUGCACUUUCCACCCGGCCUCUGGAGUAUCGCCUAUUGGAGGAGGAAAAUGCUUUGCUGAGGAAGCGAGUGGAAGAGCUCAAGAAACAGGUCUCCAACUUGAUUGCUACCAAUGAAGUCUUACUGGAGCAAAAUGCUCAAUUCCGCAGCCAGGCAAAGGUCAUGACCUUGUCCUCAACACCCACACCAUCAGAACAGAGUCUGGCCCCACCUGUUGGUUCAGUGAGUUCAUACAACCAUGGCAUCGCACAGACUCGUACAACUUUGAGCAGCGCUGGACUACAGCCACGUGCUGUAACCCAGCAGGAACUGGUGGCCCCUGCCGGUGCCCCUGCUGGUGCUCCCCCAGCCAAUGCUGCACCCCCUCCUGCUGCACCCCCUCCUCCUCCACCCCAUCUGAACCCUGAGAUCGCUCCACUCUCGGCUGCUCUCGCCCAGACCAUUGCACAAGGUAUGGCACCACCUGUUUCCAUGGCACCCGUGGCAGCCUCUGUGGCCCCUGUUGCUGUCUCCAUGGCACAGCCGCUGCCGGGCAUCACCAUGAGUCACGCCACCACGCCGAUGGUGUCAUACCCCAUUGCCAGUCAGAGUAUGAGGAUCACCACCAUGCCACAUUAACACAAACUCAGAUACAUGCAAUAAUUCUUUUUAACUGUAAACAUUUUUUUUUCUCGCACCCAAAUUUGUGGUGCAGUUUUACAACAUAAAUUUUGUAUACAGUAUAUACAUAAACAGUUUCUCUGUGGACAUUUCAGAAAUGGCUAACACAACACUGGCAACUUGUGGAAACUCCAAGUACAUACUUUUUUUAUUAUUAUUAAUUUAUCAGACACCUUGGUAAACUUGACCAGUUUCUUAUAUUCCAUACAGUUGUUUGACAGAGAGUCCACAAACUAGUUAGUGUUUGUGCUAAAGGCACAUAUUUUUAUAUUUUGAAUGGACAACAUGGUCCUUUUUUUCAUGAAAAAAUGUUGUGCAUUAGCUUCUUGGAAAGAAGUUGUGAAUCUGUUGACUCUAAGCUUUGGUUAGUUGUUUUGUUGAUUUUGCUCUGUCAUUCUUAAUCUUUUUACACAAAUGGAAUAAAAGAUCAACCUGUAUAAAAUUUGUGGUCAUUAUAUU